CUACAAAUUGUGAUUUCAUGACUGCCUCAUUCUCCCAUAAUCCUUUGCGCAAACUACAAUUUCGCCUUCCAGCACAUCUGUCACCAAGAGGCUCUUUGGGGAAAAAACACGUGGGGAGAGACCUUCUUGGUGCACAGAAGGACAUUUCUCCUGAGCUUUAUGAAAUAUUUGGGGGUUUGGGUUUAGACUGAAGGACUCAAAAUGACGAGUGAGGACGUGGAGCGACUGUUGAUCCAGUUUCAGGACGAGGAUGGAGUGGUUCUGGGUUCUCCCUUUGACGUGCCUCUGGAUAUCACCCCAGAAAAACUGCAGCUGGUCUGCAAUUCCUUGUUAAUGAAGGAGGAGCCCGUUCCUUUUGCGUUUUUUGUGCGUGGGGAGGCAGAAGUGGUGUCCAGUUUGGGUUCCUGUGUGAAAGCUAUUGGGGUGGAAACAGAACAGGUUCUCCCCGUGGUGUACCAACCCCAGGCUGUGUUCAGGGUCCGGGCCGUCUCCCGUUGUACCAGCACCCUGCAGGGACACACCGAGGCGGUCAUCUCAACGGCUUUCAGCCCCACCGGGAAAUACCUGGCCAGCGGUUCCGGUGACACUACCGUGCGUUUUUGGGACCUAACCACAGAAACGCCUCACCACACUGCCAGAGGACACUCACACUGGGUGCUGAGCAUCGCUUGGUCUCCUGAUGGGAAGAAGCUGGCCUCAGGGUGCAAAAACAGUCAGAUCUGUCUUUGGGAUCCGGUGACGGGAGCUCAGAUCGGCAAAACUCUGACAGGACACACAAAGUGGAUCACUUGGCUCUGCUGGGAGCCUCUCCAUCUAAAUCCAGAGUGUCGCUACUUGGCGAGCACCUCUAAGGACGGCUCGGUGCGCAUCUGGGACACCGUGUUGGGGCGCUGCGAUAAAAUCCUGACGGGCCACACUCAGUCUGCCACCUGUGUGAAGUGGGGGGGCGAUGGACUUCUCUACACAUCGUCCCAGGACAGAACGGUCAAAGUGUGGAGAGCUAAAGAUGGGGUGCAGUGCAGGACUCUUCAAGGCCACGCCCACUGGGUGAACACUCUGGCUCUCAGCACAGACUAUGUCCUGCGCACCGGAGCGUUUGAACCCGCUAAUGCCACCAUCAACCCUCAGGAUGUCACCGGCUCUCUGGAGGAGGUGAAGGAGAAAGCUUUGCAGAGGUACAACAAAGUCAGGGGUUCCAAUCCAGAGCGCUUGGUUUCCGGCUCGGACGACUUCACCUUGUUCCUGUGGAAUCCUGCGGCAGAUAAAAAGCCUUUGGCCCGGAUGACCGGGCACAGCGCCCUGGUCAACGAGGUGCUCUUCUCCCCCGACACCAGGCUCCUCGCUUCCGCCUCGUUCGAUAAGUCCGUUAAAAUCUGGGACGGACGGACGGGAAAGUACCUGAUGUCGUUGCGCGGUCACGUGGGGUCUGUGUAUCAGGUGGCGUGGUCUGCUGACAGCCGGCUGCUGGUCAGCGGCAGCAGCGACAGCACUCUCAAAGUGUGGGACGUCAAGACGGGAAAGCUCAGCAUGGAUCUCCCCGGCCACGCCGAUGAAGUUUACGCAGUGGACUGGAGCCCCGAUGGCCAGAGGGUCGCUAGUGGCGGCAAAGACAAAUGUCUUAGGAUAUGGAGAAGAUAGCAGCAGCAGCACCCCCUCCUUUCCUGAAUUUGCUUACUGAAGGCUUCACAGCCUGACAGCUGCAGCAGCGUCCAGCCAAGCCGAAUCGGAUCCUCCAUCACCAUGUCUUAGCGCUGAAGCACAAGCCCUGACUGGGCUUUAAAAGCUGUUCAGCUGAAGAGAAACUCAUUAGGCUCGCCAUAAAUCAGGUUAGAUUACCGCAAAUGGAGGAAAUCAGCUCCUGGUUGUACGAAUACAGGUUUAGCUCGUUCCGUGCAGACACAAAAUAAAAGUAUUUUUUUAACUAAAUCUGUUAGAAAUACAAUAGAAUAAAGAUGUUUGAGAAAAGUAAGUCAGGAGAUGCAUUGGAAGGUGACAGGAGCUGUGCAGCUCGUCAGCAUUCACAGUGCUGUUAUACUCACUUCCUGUUUGGAGAGAACAAGGCCUGCUGUCACAGCAGUCUGAAUGUAAACGUGAAUAAAGGUGUUUUUCAUUUAUCUCCCAA